GCCGUACGGUCUUGUGUCCCCUUUGUGUGUACAAUACAACUUACAUACACACAUAGACACAUUCGCCCUCCGACACAGCACCCGUAUCGUCGCCGGGGUUCUGUCUUGUGCAUACACAAGGUACACCACCACCACCACACGUACUGUCGAAAAGUAAAGUAGUCUAUAAUAUUAUGUGAAAAAAUUGUUUUUUCAAAAACAACCGAGCCCGUUCGCGAUAUUGGACUUUGAUCGCACCCGUUUAGAAAACAACACCGACCGCCGGCGAUGCAUCGUCGAACCACCGAGGCCGGAUAACAACACGAGAGCUAAAAAAACGUGCGAGCCGUGUGUAAGUCUGUCAACGGAGGAUCCUUGUCGAUGAUGACCGACAUAAGCCGAUACGAUACAAACAAAGUGGUUUUUCGUUUCGUCUCGGUAACGAUGGAUUACGGUGCGAACCCCUUCAAUAACGUCACAUAACCGGUCGUUUUUUUUAUUGAAUUUGCUUUUCAUCAUAAUGACAACGGUAUUAUGAUACAACCAAGCGGCGGCAGGUACACUGGGGCAAGAUGAUCUCGCGGCCGUGCAAGUCGUUGACGCCUUUGAUUAAUUAUUAAACAACACAUGAGCAAUAUUUAUUAUAAAUUUAUGUAAAAAAAAAAUGAUAUAUAUACACACAAAAACACUGUGAUAAUAAUAUUAUCUCCUAAAAAAAAUAUUUUUGAUUUUGUUUGUAAAAAAGUUACUAAACGACCGUUAUUAUUUAGUUUUACAAACAUAAUAUAAAUAUAUAAAUAUAGCUAUAUUAUAUUAUAUAAGUACAAGAACAAGUCACAAAUACCGUGUGUGCUAUGAGCGAGAGCCGAUACUUUUGUCCUCGGCUAAUCGACUACAUAACAAUCGUUGGCGCCAAACCGCAAUCGCUGAAGCGAGCUAACCUGUACGAGCUGCAAACAAACCCCACCGACAAUGAUCAAGAUUAUUUGGACUCGGCUUUCAGCGCCAGUGGCAGCUAUUACGUACAGGAUCCAGAGUUACUCCGAAGAUAUCCGGCGGACGAACAUAAAGAUUUCGCUUUACCGGAGACAAUGGCAUAUUUUUGCCAACCGGAAGGAUGUCUUUCUUUCAGCGGUGGUCGAUCGGAAUCCAACAAAGUAACAUCGUUCGUGUUCACCCUUACCGACAAGGACACAACGAGGAUAAGAUACGGCGUCUGUGUCAAUUUUUACAGGCGAAUCGAUCCGUAUGUCCGAAGUACUUCCGAAACACUAGAAGCAUCCGACGGCCAGUAUACGUACAAAAGACCAAAGGAUUAUUCUUCGUUGUUUUUAAAAUGCCAUUCGACUAGCUCGUCUUUUUCUCAAUCUUUUUCGCGUGAAGAUUCAAUUGCUGAUCAAGGAACGACAGCGGAAACGCAAGCAGAGCUAUUCUCUUUGACCUCACUGUGCCUUGUAUCUCAUCAUCCGUUGUUUUCGAGUUUUAGAGAAUGUUUAUUUUAUUUAAAAAACAUUAUCGAUUCUUGCAAUAAAAAACUCGGCAACCACCGAAGAAAAGGGCGUAAAAAGAACAAUUGUAUAUGGAGUAUACUAACUGGGUUAGUGACUCGAGACUACUCGCCCAGAGUGUUUCGAUACAUCAAAGAGAUAGAGACUUGGAUUUUGCGGUUACUAAGCGUUCCGGUUCCAGUGCCUGGGAAAACAAGAUUAGAGAUUUAUUUGUUUUCCCAAAACGAACGACGGCCGCCUUUAAUAUUUUCAUUGCCCGACCAUACACGGUUUUCGUUAAUUGAUUUUCCACUACAUUUACCUCUAGAGCUAUUGGGAAUAGACACCUGUCUCUACGUCCUAACCAUUAUAAUGUUAGAGAACAAGGUGGUGUUCCAAUCGAAAGACUACAACGCACUCUCCAUGUCAGUAAUGGCUCUAAUCACGCUUAUGUAUCCUCUGCAAUACAUGUUCACCGUCAUACCAUUGCUACCGACUAGCUUACCGAAAUCAGAAAUGCUCUUUGAAAGUCCAGUGCCUUAUGUGGUCGGUGUACCGUGCAGCUUUUUUCAAACGAAAAGAGAUUUCAGGUUCCCUAAAGACGUUUGGAUUGUGGAUUUAGAUUCGACCAAAAUAACGCCGCCGGCCAUUCCCAACCGGGACGAUGGGCCUAUUCCUCAAUUGCCGAAAUCCGAAGCGAUUGUGUUGAAAAACAACUUAAAAAAUGCUUUAAGCGGACUUUUUCGGUCCAACAUCAAUACGAAACCACCAAAUUAUUUUCUCGACAACGGUGUCAUGGCUUCGUCGCAAUCAAUCGGAGGUGUAACCGAAGAGUGUACUUCGAAACAGCAACAGAGCACAGCAGACAACUACAACAACCCACCGAUUAAUCCCGACGAAGCGGUCUCGGACGUCAACACGAACUGGGAUAGGAGAAAGUCUUCAUCGAGCUCGGUGUCGGCAACGUCUCAGAACACGAGAAACCGUAAUUCCAUUUACAGUAAUGGCGACAUCGAUUCGGUGGACGUUGCCAUCAGAGUGGCUAUGGUUCAAUUUUUCCUGUCAGGCGACGUGCUAGCCAACCUAACCGAACAUUCCCGAACCCUGAGGCUGUACCCUCGGCCCGUGGUGUUCUUCCAGAUCAAUUCGUUUCUCAACAGUCGUCCGACCCUAUCACAGUUCACUUGCCAGCUGGCCCGCACGCAAGCGGUUGACUACUUCGCCGAAUGGGCUCUGACUCCGAGCAACGUUGUUUUCCAACGGAUCCAAACCGGCGUCGACGAUCCGGCUAUGAUCGGCGACAAAUCAAAAUGGUAUUCCAGUACUCUGGACUCGAUCGUGUACAACGUGUGGCAAUUGGGUUGGUCGAUUCAAAAGGUCAUGGACAACACAACUGCUUCAGCGCAAACAUCUGGUGAUUUGUACGUCGACACCGACUCGAGUAGUAGCGGCGACGAGCAACCUUCACGGGGUUAUCGAGACGACAAUGUCUAUCAAACACCUUUUAUCGAACAAGAAGAAAGAGAUAUAGGACCAGUUACAGAAGACAUAAAUAUGAUCUAUGAACCUCCAGUGAGCUUGCAACUUUCUACCGGACCGGACGACGACGACGACGGUGCGGUCGAAUCGACAGGUAGCAAGUCCAUCGGUUCGUCGCCGUCGAGCAGUCACAGUGACAUGAGCUCACCUAUGUUUAAACCAGAACCCAUCAUGUUGCCUGCACCUGUGGCGGGCAAUAGACUGGUAAUUAAUCGACACGGUACCGGUGGUAGUGAUUCCGCUUUAAACCAUUUAGUUACUGUACAAAAACCGUACAGCUAUUAUAGACCCGCUAUGCAAACGGCCGCUAUUUCGACGUCUUUCCAAGUGCCCGCGGUACCUGCCGGUGAAAAGAGACCGAGUGUUACCUCAAGUCCGCCGCUUGGUCGAAAGGAAAGCAUAUGCAACCUACCCAGCCAGUUGUCGAGACAGUCCAGUCAGAACAGUUCAAUAUUGGAGCAAUUCGCUUUCCAAGCGAAAGAACUUGUCAGGGAGACUGCUAGGCAGAGCAGCCAAGACGGAUCCGGAGGGAUAUUCGCGCACGUGGCCGACAAGUUGACGACACAAGCAAAAAAAGCGGCCGGCGAAGCUACCAAAUCCGUGCACGAAGUUAGCAAGUCCGCGUUGGAAGCCAGUAAAACGGCAGCGGGUGUCAGUAAAAACACUUUCGACGAUUUGACUUAUGUGGGAAAAAGCACCAUUGACGACUUGACGAAAAGCGCCAAACAAGUGGCUUCGAAAAAGGGAUUUAAGGUCGGUUUGCUCGGCGAGUCGUCUUCUUUGAGCAGGAGUUUAGAAGACGACGUUAACGACCCCCCGGCGUAUCCAACGAUGAGUUCAGGGUUCAAAAGCACAUCUGACAUCGGCCGAACUCCCAGCACCACAUCGAUGGAAGCCAGCGGCGGCAAAGACUUUUUUUCAAAUAUAACUAGCGACAUAAACGGACUGGCGACGCAAACGUCCAGCAUGUUUAGUGAUCUUUUCGGAAACAAACAACAAAAAAGCAACAAGACUUCGCUCACGUUGCCCGUAACGAAAUCAAAGGACCGAACACCUUUCGGGCCAUUCCCCAGCAGAGUAGGCCGCAAUGGAUUAGUGGAAAAGUCCAAUUUGAUAAAACAUUCGAAUCCCAAAAAACCCGAAGAUCCGCCUAAAGCUCAAAGCAAACGAAACGUCAAGCUCAACAGUCAUACGGACAACGAAACUUUUCUAAAAGACGUGACAAAACAAAUUCUCGACGGCGACGGAAUCGGAUGGCUCAAGUUGAACCGAUUUAAAAAAUUAAUGGAAGAAGAGGGAUACCGUAAUUUAGUACUCAGCAAACUAAACCGAACACUAGACUACAAAAUCAGCCCGAGCGAUCAUAUUGACGAUGUGUACAUCAGCCGGCCCGUUUGGAAAGGAAUGUUGAAAGCUUUGUUGGCCAUCGUUCACGGAUUAGAGGUGUCGUUUGCCAAUCAAUCAGGCGGUGGUUUGGCAUCUGCGUUUCAAGUGUUGGAAAUAGCGCACACUCAUUACUGGACUAAAGACUUAUCCAUGGUCGGUUUCGAGUCACAAGCAUCCAGUCCGUACGGUAGCCACGAGAACAUACGUUCGCCGCCCCUAAGUCCCAGCGCGGUCGGUUCUCCGGUUUCCAGUGCCAAUCAAGAAUCCAGAAAAUCCUCACAAACAAGCACUUCUGGACUUUUUGAUUGCAAAAGCGGAGGAAGGCUGGUGCACGAAUCUUCAAUCAUUAGCGAAAGCAGAGGAUCCAUCACUCCCACGGUUUCCACUAGUGAAAUGUUUGACGAGUUUAUCAAUAAGAAACAAGAAAACGUUUCCGGUAACAGUCCCACCAUGGAUAACGAAGGAGACACGACCACUGUGAUCUCAUCGGCCACGUCGGACAUAUCCAGUUGCAGUGGUAGCACUGGGCUAGUUAACAAUCCGGCAUUUUAUUUAAAGAGAGUAUCGCCUAACAACAACAACAGAAAUAGCGCAACACUCUUUCGAAGUGCCGUAUCUGACAGCGAACUUGACAAUUCUGGACUCUUCAAAGCUUCAAACAAAAACCGGACACAGAGUAUUUGGUCCAGUAAAUCUUCGCUCAGUGCUGGAUUCCGAUAUCCCGGUGGAAACUUCUUGAACCCCACGUCUGGGUCGCCCAGUCCAGAGUCAGGACGAACUUAUUUAUUCGAAGGUAUAUUGGGUAAAGAGAGGAGCACGAUCUGGAAUCAACUUAAAUUUUGGGAAGACGUGUUUAUCGACACAGUCAGCCAAGAGAGAGAUAUGAUAGGAAUGGAUCAAGGACCAAUAGAAAUGAUGGAAAGGUACAAAAAUUUAAGUCAGAGCGAAAAGAAACGUUUGGAAUACGACGAGGACAAACUUUUGUCGGUCAUGAUACACAACUUGAUCGCGUUCAUGAUCAUGAUGAACGUGCCUAAAGACAGCCUGAUGAAAAUCGUGCGGACUCUAGUGGGCAAAAGUCGGGUGACUAAUUGCUACGCUACCGAAAUCACUGGACUCAUGUCUCAGCUAACGAAUUUGCACGGAAACGACGUCGACUUGAAGCCGUCCAAUUCAAGGCAGGCCCACAGACAAAGUUUUGCCGUACACUGUGGCGACUCGUCUGGGGAACUGCUUUUUUUGGAAGUCAGAGACGACGGACUUGUGCUUCGGUCGGGGUCGGGAAUCAUCAUUAGCAGAUGGUGGUACGAACGCAUAGUGAACAUGACGUACAGCCCCAGAAGCAAAAUAUUCUGCUUGUGGAGGACGGCCAACGGCGGACAACUGCAGUUGAAUAAAUAUUACACGAAAAAAUGCAAAGAAUUGUAUACUCGCAUUAAAACGUCGAUGGAAAAAGCCGCCGAGAGGGGGCAAGGCAUCAUAUCCGGCGUGGAACUGGGCGGAGAGUUUCCGGUCAAAGACAUGGCCACCGGAGAAGGCGGUAUACUUCAAGUAUGCAUGGAAGGAGUGGGUCUUUUAUUCUCCGACAGCAAGUUUUUCGUUCGGCUGGACCACGUGCGAAAAUGUUUCACGGUGCAGAAAAAGAUUUUCGUUUUGGAAGAAUACAAUCCAAAACUCAAACACAUCAUUCAACGGCAAUACGAAUCGCCUAUGGCCGGCCAAAUAUGCUAUGCUGUGCUAUGCGUUUUUUCCUAUAUUGCUGCUGGCCAUAAACGGCCGUCGACAGGCAAUACUUCAUCCACCGGCAAAGCGGCGGCAAUAACCCAACAGUUGCCGGUCUCGGCUGAUUCCGGUGGCGGGAAAAUUUAAAUCCGUCAUAAGUUUUAUACACAAAUUUCAUGUUGUUUUUUUACCUAUGAAAUUACAUUUUGUUUUUAAUAUAUAUAUACAUUAUUAUCUAUAUCUGUGUCUCGGGUCUAAUUUUGUGCAUAGGUAUAAACGAGUGUGUCCGUUAAUUAUAUACAUUUUAAAACAUAAUUUAUUGCAAAAAUUGACUUUGAACUCGUGAAGAUUCUGCCCUUAUAGACCAGAGCUACAGAUAUACAAUUUAAACUUAUUUAUAUAAUAGUCUGGUUUGUAACAAACGGUAAUAUACAAAUAUAAUAUGUAUCAAAAUAAUAAUAUUGAGCUUUGGGAGACACAGUGUUUGAUUAGACUAGCCAUUAACAACAGCUGCUGCUACGCUAUACCAACGAUUUUCCUUUAUUUUACACAUUAUUAUAAUGUCAUGUUAACAACCGUUUGAAGAACAAAAAUUAAUUUAGACAAAACAAACCGUCAGGUUUACACCGGGCGUUAAUUUGUUUCCACAUUAUAUUAUUAAUAAAAUAGACGACUUUUUUUCUUAAGUACAAAAUGCGUUUUAUUAAAAAUAAAUAAUUGUUUUGUAGAUAUUUACAACUUAAACCGCGCAUUAGGCAUGUAACUAUACAGUAGAGGAUAACGAUUAACUGUAAGCCGUUUUGUUUUUUUUAAAUUCGUAUAAUAUAAUAUUAUAAUAAUUAUUUUAUUGUGAAUAGUUCUCUUGUAUUACCGUGCGUACCUCUUAUCAUCUAGCUGUAAUGAUUAUUGAAAACCCAAAAAUCGACCAUUGCAAUUGCAAAAAUAUUUUGUAGAUGUUUUUUUAGCGUUACGUUGAUAUGUUAUAACUUAUUAUUAUUAUUAAAAAAAAAAAAUACACGUUGUAUUUUACUAUUGAGUUUUUUUUUUAAGACAUUGACUUAUUGUAUCUU